GUAGUAAUACAAGUAAACGGAACCUUUGAAACGCGCUAAUGUUUGACAUCGGCGUUGAAAUAUGUAACAGUCAACAAGACGCGGUGCGGAAGCUGCAUCUCUACUGGCAGAUAUCGAAAAUAGCUCCAUUACAGAUCAGCAGAGAGGAUCCGGUAAACCCGCAGGAGCUGCCUCCGCGGGCUCCCCAAGCCAAGGGGGUGAUUAUGCGGCAAGGAGGGCGUCUGUAACGUGGCUUUAACAGAUCUCAGUCCAGGCUUUGAGGGCUGCAUUCCUCGGAGUGUGUAUUCAUUUCAUAUAGCCGUGAUGGAAUUGAGCGGAGCCCCCGCCGAUGUGCUCCUCCAGCGUCCCUGGCUUCCCGUGAGCAUCAGUGGCUUCCAGCUCCUCGCUAAGAUCUGGUUCGGAGACUCGGCGUACCACAUCUUGCUGACUGACAUGACCAGUGUGUGGGAGGAGAGGAUGAACUCUGAUGCCAUCCAGAGACGAUCACAGGAUCUGAACAGGCGUUUGCGAGCUCCAGUCAAGGCGUUCUUCUCCCACCUUUGUGAGGUAGUUCGACCCCGUCUGUCAGGAAGCGGUGAGGGAGCUGACGGUGAGGCUCAGAUCUCCCUGACACGAAAGGAAGACGGCAACAUUGGCAUGAAGCUGAAGAGCGAGCUGGCCGGGCUGCCCUUCUACUGGGAGUUCCACUGCACACCCGCCCCCAUCGCACUGGUGUGCCUUCAGCUGGUGCGCCCCCUGCUGGCGAUGAGCCGCCUGCUGCAGCAGCAGGUGGAGCAGCUGGGGGUUCUGUUGGUGAGGAAGGAUGCGGAGAUCCAGGACUACAGGGAGAACGGAGCCACGCUCAGCAGAGAGCGGUUGCAGACGGAUGCUUUUGAGGAGCAAACCUACAGAGAGGACUUCAUGGCAAAGACUCUUCCUCUGGUUUGUUCCGAGCAGCAGCAGCAGGGCGCUCUGGGCUUUGGCGACGACCUGCAGCACCUGUACGCCUCCGUCGUCGCACACAGAGGCACUCAUGCACAAAAGCGCAAAUUAUCAGAGGAGCGCUCUGCUGAGGAGGAGGAACCUGACCUCCGCCCAUCCUUAGGUGUCGGGUCUGUCAGUGGUGAAACAGCUCACAGGGACAGAGAACAGAACCGCAACGGCCAGGCAGAUGCGACUGGAGCCAAAAUGGCCGACAGAGCCGCAAUCCAACAGUCUCUGCCCGUCACGUCUGAGCAACCUGCGCCGCGACCAUCCUCCAAAACAAAGAAGAAGAAAGUUAUUGGACUGUUCAGAUGAGCCCGAGCAGUAGGACACACAAACACAAAAUUAAGAACUUCAUCAGAAAAAGCGUUUAGGGUUUUUUAUCCAUUUGGAGAAAAAUGGAAAACGAGUGUGCCAUUUCUUGUUUUUAAACUUCUAUUCUGAAGGACACUUUUGCAGUUUGACAUAUUUUAGCUAGUUUUAAUUUAGUUCAGAGUUAAUCAUGGAAACAGCUUUUUAAAGUGUAAUAAAAUAAAUACAUCUUUCAAUGUUUUAAAUAAUUUUAAGAUCUGUUUUAGUUCCAUAUUAAAGUUCCCCUCUUAUCUGAUCAUUGUUAUCACACUCAAUGUGUUUUGGACUCUAUAUUAGAAAUAUUCAGGUUAUCGAGCACCUCGCUUGUUGUAUUCUUUUAGGUUUUAAUGAGCAAUCAAUGUUCAUUUGGUUUGAAACUGAUUUAUUGUAUAUUUUGGGACGUUUUAGAGAGGUCAAACAAGUUGUUGAUUAAAGAUGUAAAAGUAA